AAUAGAAAAUCUAUAACUAACAAUAUUAACCACCUACCUAGAAAAAAGUAGCAAAAGCCAGUAAUUUAAAGGUAUUAAAUUCUGAUGAGGCAACCUUCAACCUUAAAAAGCCAGCCACUGUACAAAGCAAAUCGCCAUAAAAACGCCCCAUCAUCGGCGGCGCCUCUGCCUGCAACAUCUCCACCAGAUGCGAGACACCGCCUAAGAACAUUAACAAAAUCAGAAACCAAUGAGAUAAACUGCGGCCAUCGCUCCUCCCAACAUCUUAGCACCGCAAGUCAACGCGUGGACCGGCCUAUUACUGCACCAUUAGUCGCCAAUUAGUGCCUAUUACCUAAACACCAGCAUGGAGCGGAGCCCAUCAAUUAGCACCUUUUAAUCCAGCACCCGAACAUGGAUAUGUCCAGGACCAAAUCCGAAAAGGAUCCACUCAAGUUCGGGAUCGACAGACUCCUCGCCAGUGAACCCUACAAGGAUAAUAAAAGUGUUGUGGCUAAACCUUUAGCGACUGUUCCAGUGCCUUGUUCUGACUGUGUUACGUCGCUGUUUAGGUGUUGUCGGUUGAGUCCUUCGACGCAGGACAAUAUCGGGGAGUUUUUUGGACAGCAUCAUGGGUUGAGUGUGACACCCACGUCGAGUAUUUAUACAGUGCAACCCAUCAGACCUUUUGCGACAAGGCCAGCUGUACGCAUCCCGGUUCCACCGCCGCCCCCAGCCACGUCGCCAACCUUGAACAUCAACCAGAAUAACAAUAAGAGAAAGAGGUCCUGGUCGAGGGCUGUUUUUAGUAAUUUGCAAAGAAAAGGAUUGGAAAGGCGGUUUCAGUUGCAGAAGUAUAUCACAAAGCCAGACAGGAGACAACUUGCGGCUACUUUGGGUCUGACAGAUGCACAAGUGAAAGUCUGGUUUCAGAAUAGGAGGAUGAAAUGGAGACAUUCUAAAGAAGCUGGAAAAGGAGGUGAAAAUAGUGCAGAUUCGACCCAGGACCAAGAUGUGCAAAUAGAUGUCGAUACGAUCACUGAAAAUGACUGAUUCUUCGAACAAUCUAGUACAUAAAUGUUUUAUUAUUGAUCUUUGAAGUUUUAUUAAUCUACCAAGUAAAAAAGACGUUAAGACGAUAAUCCCGAAAUAAAAACACUAUGAUCAAUCGUUUUUGAGACAUUAUUGGAUAAUAAAUGUAGAAAUAGGGCUAUA